UCUGCGGAGUACAUCCAACUCGCCCCGAAUGCAUGCUCACUGUCUGACGCUGUGACCCAACCAAACGUAACCCUAAGGGUCCUCGUUAAAUACAUAGCUUUAUCUCAAUCCGGAAGCGAUAUAAAACGUGUGACUACGUCGCUAAUGUAAAUGGCGAGCACAUUAAUAAUAGUGCGUUAUCUUUGCGCGCGUCUCUCACUGGACGCUUUCACGUCAGGUGGUGCUGUACUAGUAAUGAAGAGGUGAAUCCCCAGUCUACAGUUUUGGGACCUACUCGUGCGCCGGCGUUCGAGCGAUUAACCGAGUCAGCGUGGGUUCUCCGUGCCGUUUUGAGUGUCAGUAACUAAACUGACAUCUUCUUAUCAUGCCUGUGAAGAAAUGAAUCGCGGUUCAGCGCUCGGCUUACACAGAAUCGCGCGCCGAGAGAACUUUGCUUUGGAACUCUUGUGCGGUGGAUACGGCACGCGCCACGGUAGCGCGCGGAGGAUCAACAACUUUCCUCAGAAGCAGCGCUAGCGUCUUUCCCAUGUCGCUUCGAAACCUUCCAUGUCACCAAUUAUUGUUGCUUUAAUUGGACGAGAAUGUUUCAGAGACCGUGUCUGCUCAAACUCGGGGAAAACAUCGUUGGUAAGCCUUGAGAAGCGGAUAAUAAAUGACUUUUAUGCACCUCAGACUCGCGUCCUCGCCAGGUGGACUGUGAAGAGACAGAAGAGGAAUGUUUAUCCGAAAUUUAUUGCCGCUCAGUUUGGGUUUUUUGCCGUUUUUGUUAAGUCACUGCUUUCUCUCACUGUUUCUUCCGUUAUUUCAGUUUGCGACAGGGGAGCUCCAGAAAUCAUGCUCUCGAACCACAGUGGCACAGCUGGAAGGGAGCUGCCAGUUGCCAUGCCAGUGUAGGCCCUACCCACCGUCCCCUCUCACCCCUCCUCCACCACCCCCAAGGCUUCUGGCUCCAACUGUGGCUCCCUCCACGGUAUCCCCCAUAACUCCAUGGAGAAGAGAGAUGGAGAUUUUAGUACUGGGGACAGUAAGCUGUGCAUCUGUGGUCUUCCUCCUCUUGACUGCCAUCAUUUGCUACAAGGCCAUCAAGAGGAAACCCCUUCGAAAAGAAGAGAACGGCACAAACCGAGGGGAGUAUGCCAUGAGCUCACGCUGUAAACAGCAGGUAGUGGAAACCAAUAACACUGGAGUAUAGUGGCCAUGCUACAGCUGAACAUUCACCCUACUACGGCACCACCAUCUCUGUUUGGGUUUAUGAGAUGGACACAAGGUAAAUGAUGAAUUUAGGAAAGGUAAAGCUCACGGCUGCCCUUCUUGGGACAUAAAAUGAUGUUUAAAGAAAAGACAAAAGUGAAUCCGAAAUGACUGACGUGUAUAGGCAAGUAUAAGCAGGUUUUGUGGAGACAUGGAAAUUCUUAGCGAUGCUGGCAGCUGCACGAGUAUCACGAGACUCAACCUGGCGGCCCCCCCGGGGCCCCUUUGAGGACAAUAUACAACACCAACAACUAAAUAAACGCAUGCACUUUCUGUUGAAUGCAAUGAUGUUUUAAAAUUCCUGUCUUCUCUUGUCUUUAACUCUGUCUUUGCAGUGUUCCUCAUUAAACAGUAAAGGUUCUCUCACCUCAUGUAGAUUGUGUGAGUGUUUAAUGGUUAAAAGACUGCAUAGGCCCCAUUGUUUUGAUACAAUCAACAAAUGGGAUCGGAUGGUCCUGUAUUUUGUGCACCAAAAAAUAUACAAUGGAAAACAGGAAAUGUUUUCCUUUAACACCCAGAAAUUUAUUGCGGUUUGUGUUACUAUGCAAUUGGAAAGGUUUGAGUUCUCGAGGUGCAUGUUUAUAAUACAAUAAAACACGAGGCUAGCGUUAGCAUUGCUGAUAGUUAGCAGAUUGUAGUCUGAUCAUCCUAUACAUUUGUAUUCAAAUUUGUCUGACGGUGUAGCCCACAUGUGAAAGAGAUCUAUUUAUAAAUGCAUUGAAAAAAAAACAACAACAGGCAUGAUGAAUUAGUUUUAGGGAUGGGUUGAAAUAGCUGAUAUUAAAAUUUGUACUAUUUUGUCAAAAAAUAAAAUGCACCACAAACUAAAAUUGUUAGGUUUUGUGAAUGUCAAAGCAAUGUUUGGAUGCGUAGACAACAUUAUGUACAGUAUGAAAUAUGGAUAACUCUUUAUUUUGAAAUGAAUAAUUCAUUGAGUAGUUGAGAUCUUAAAAAUCAUAAUAGGUGCGAGUUCCAUUAUAGAAAUAGUGCUCUUAAAGGGUAAAACGUUUGCCAUAUUGUUCUAAGUUGGCUCUAGACAAAAGACAUUUAAAAACAAAUGUUCACAAUUAAAUAUCCAUUAUCUUCCAAUAAAUAUCCAAUAUAUUUAUACAAGUAGUAAAAACUGACUGUUACCUUAUAACAGAUAUGGUCCUGAUAUAUGGUGCAUCAUUCUUUUAACUAGUUUGGCUUUCUGUGUUACAUUUAUAUGAAAUACACAAUAUGAUGGAUGUCCAAUAUCAGUUUACCUUUCGGUAGUCGCACAUUGUUCAUGAAAGCGGUCUAUAAUUUUGCUCCAUAAUGGGUACAUUUUAAAGUUUAAAUAAUUUAAAAUGUAUUGUCGUGUGUGUUUUUGUUUUAAACUUAAUACAAUGGGAAACAUAUAGAUUUUACAUUAGUCAUUUGCUCAUUAUGGUUAAUACAACAGAAAACGGUGCAAUAGUAUAACUCCAUUUGAUUAUCAAAACAUCAUCUCUUUGUCUUAUUAAGGCUCUUACCGACCUUUUUUGGCAACUCGUAUAAAACUAGGACAUAACAAGCUUUUACGAAGACGGUUUAAAGCUAUUUUAAAGUCGUUAAUACUGUGAUUUCCUGUGGGUUAGUGGAUGCUUUAAAGAUGUAUCAAGGUGAUUCAUCAAACAAGCUUAACCCUGCAUUUAGCUUGUAUCACUCUUAACCAGAUCCUCUUCACAUUUUUUAUUGGAUCUCUAUAUAUUGAACGUGUCUAGUCCCCCCCGACUCCCCUUUUUUCGUCGACAGGAGCUUGUUGUAGAAAACAGCGAUGCACUGGUCAAGCAUAGUAACACUGAACUAUGAAUCAUAAUAUACAACCAUAUACAACUGAGCAAUGAUGUUUACAUAACAUACAAGCUUGUGUGAACAAAUAUCUUCAUAAAACAUUCUCACAAUCUACUGUACAGUCAUUCACCCAUUCAACAAGAUAUAUGAACUGAAGAUACAUGUGUAUUAUACUGUACAUAAUAUACUGUAUAAGGUACUCAGAAUUGUAUUGCAUGAAUGUACAUAUCAAUAUUUGCCUUCUUGACAGUCUAUUGUGUGUACAGAGUAAGAGAAAAUGUUUAUAGGGAUAAGUAUAAGUCGAUGUGUCGUCAGAACAGAAUAAGUGUUAUUGUUUGUCUGGAACAAGCCAUUAAUGUAUAUUUGAGUAAUCAGAGGUUGUUGCACAAUGUAUGCAUCACAUACCAAAAUGUAAAACUAUUAUAUAUUGUGCAUUGAACUAAUUUAAUUGCAACUUGCUGACUUUUUUAGUUUUAAAUAAAAUUGUACUACUGAAUCACA